AUGUUUUAUACCGUGGGCAAGGUUGAAAUGGAGAAAGUGCCCAGUGCCGAUUUCCCUGGUGCACUGAGAAACCUGCUUUCCGAAUGUGCGUCGGUAAUUCAGAAUCUGGAAGACGAUUCAAGGACCAGUAAAAACGAAUGCUUUCGGUUCCAGACAGAGCGCGAUGAGGCUGUACAACUCUAUCGCGACCUGGUCGAAGAAAAGGCGGCACUUGAAGAUUCUUUGAUAUCCAGAUUUGCGUGCGUUUUGAAUGCUAAGAAGGAAAAACUGGUCGAACUGCAGCAACGGCGUAUGUACUACACUUUACCGAAGUUGAAAUACCGUAAAAAUAACCGUUUCUUCGUUUAA